AUGAAGCCUCUCUCAAGUCUUUUCACCUGUUUACUUGGAAUUUAUUUCUGUGUGGCAAUUGUCAAUACCCAAAUCGAACUUCCUCGUCAGCCCGUUGGUUUCAAGUACGUACCCACACCAGCCGCGUCUCCCUCAUCGAAAUUCCUUACCGUAAAAGUCUUCUUGGAUAUCCUGUGUCCGGACAGCUACCGGGCGUUCCGCCUUCUACUCAACAUUAUGCCCAGAUAUUGUGAUCAAGGCGUAAGACUAACCGUUGUUCUUUUCCCUUUGCCUUUUCACCAGCAUUCAUAUGUGCUCACAAAGGCGGCCCAUGCAAUCCAUUGUCUCAACUCAAGCCUAACGUAUCACUGGAUAUCGGCAGUAUAUGAAAACAUGGACAAAUUUUCUAUGUCUAAUACAAUGAAUAGUACAGGAGAAAAAGUGCUUUCGGAAAUCGUGAAAUUAGCAACUCAAGUGGGAUUGGACAGUGAUCAGUUCCUGACGAUGUACAACACCCGAAAAGUUGAACUGGAAACGAGAACUAGUUUUAAAUACGGCUGUUUGAGAGGAGUGGCUUCAACGCCUACCUAUUUCAUCAACGACAUCCCUAUUGUGAUGGACGGCAAUUUUCCUGAAGGCAAUAUCACCAGCCUUAUCUCUAACUUGGCCCCCCAAAAAAGCGAAUCAUUGUUUGUAAUUAGAACCUUUCCCGCCAUCUCUUUUUCAACGUCAGUCUUUUCAUUUUCUUUCUUUCUUUCUUUCUUUCUUUCUUUCUUUCUUUCUUUCUUUCUUUCUAUUAGAGCCUAUUCACAUCUAUCUAUCUAUCUAUCUAUCUAUCUAUCUAUCUAUCUAUCUAUCUAUCUAUCUAUCAGAGCCUGUUCAUCUAUCUAUCUAUCUAUCUAUCUAUCUAUCUAUCUAUCUAUCUAUCUAUCUAUCUAUCUAUCUAUCAGAGCCUGUUCAUCUAUCUAUCUAUCUAUCUAUCUAUCUAUCUAUCUAUCUAUCUAUCUAUCAGAGCCUGUUUAUCUAUCUAUCUAUCUAUCUAUCUAUCUAUCUAUCUAUCUAUCUAUCUAUCUAUCUAUCUAUCUAUCAGAGCCUAUUCAUAUCUAUCUAUCUAUCUAUCUAUCUAUCUAUCUAUCUAUCUAUCUAUCUAUCUCAGGCUAG